UAUCUACACAUUUUGUAUCAACUAUCAAUUAUCGAAUCGUAGUAGGAAAAAACAGAUGAAAUAUAGCGCGCCUGCUGGAGUGGCUCGGGCGCGCUUUAAUUUGCGACGGCCGCUGGAGCCAGCGCACCGCCGUGCGUAAAAGCUGGCUAAUCCGGCGCUGUAUUCUGAUUUUUAGCUUGCGCGGCUGUUGGAGAUAUUCUAAUAGGGGUACAUUUGGUAAGGCUGAAAUAAGUACGCGUGCCACUGCAUGAGAUGGUUUGAUGACGCUUUGGUCGGAAGGUGCAAACUUAUUUUGAGCGCACACGCACAGAUUGCUCAAUGAUCCGAUCGUCCUCACCUACCCACUCCACUACAUUGGCCUACAGCACUGCGUCUGUUAAAUCAUUCUUCACGGUUUAAAAAAAUGAACGGUCAAGUCGCCCCAUAUCCUUCAGCCAUUUCCAUUUGAGUGUUUAAAAACAAAAUUAAAACCCAUGCCCAUGAUGUGCUCGCCCGUCUAUUUAUUCUGAACUCCAUGAUGUAGCAUUGCUCUAUCAGAAAUACUAUCCUGGUUGAAAAAGAGAGAAAGAUAGAAAGGAAAAAGGUCCUGAACGAACGGCACGGCAGGAUCAAAGAACGAGCCAUGGCGCAGGAGAGUAAGCCGGCGCUCGGGUGGGCGGCCAGAGACGCCUCCGGUCUCCUCUCCCCCUACAGCUUCUCACGAAGGGUUCAGAAGGAGGACGAUGUGACGAUCAGGGUGCUCUUCUGCGGGAUCUGCCACACGGACCUGCACGUCGCCAAGAACGAGUGGGGCAACGCCAUGUACCCCAUUGUUCCAGGGCAUGAGAUCGUCGGCGUCGUCACCGGCGUGGGCCGCGGCGUCCGGGGCUUCAAGGCCGGCGACAGGGUGGGCGUGGGCUCCUUCGUCGGCUCCUGCCGCGCGUGCGAGAGCUGCGUCAAGGGGUACGAGAACAACUGCCCCGCCCUCCUGCUCACCUGCAACGGCGUGGACUGCGACGGCGCCACCACUCAGGGGGGAUUCGCCGACGUCCUCGUCGUCAACCAGGACUACGUCCUCCGCGUCCCGGAGGGCCUGCCACCGGCCGGGGCAGCGCCUCUCCUCUGCGCCGGCGUCACGGGGUACAGCCCCAUGGUGCAGUACGGCCUGAACGCGCCGGGGAUGCUCCUUGGCGUCGUCGGCCUGGGCGGCCUCGGCCACAUGGCCGUCAAGUUCGGCAAGGCGUUUGGGAUGACGGUCACCGUGAUCAGCUCGUCGCCGAGGAAGCGCGCGGAGGCGGUCGAGCGCCUCGGUGCCGACAACUUCCUGGUCAGACACGACGCCGAAGAGAUGAAGGCAGCGGCGGGCACGAUGGACGGCAUCAUCGACACGGUGUCGGCGGGGCACCAGCUGCUGCCGCUGCUGGAGCUGCUGAAGCCGAUGGGGCAGAUGGUGCUGGUGGGCGUGCCGACCGAGCCCAUGGUGCUGCCGGCCUCGGCCAUCGUCACGGGCGGGAAGCGCCUGGCCGGGAGCGGCGUGGGCAGCGUCCGCGACUGCCAGGCAAUGCUGGACUUCGCGGGGGAGCACGGCAUCGCCGCGGAUGUCGAGGUCGUCAAGAUGGAGUAUGUUAACACGGCCAUGGAGCGACUCGAGAGGAACGAUGUCAGGUACCGCUUCGUCAUCGACGUCGCUGGCAGCAUCGGCUGCGCCGCGGUUUAGCGUCAUGCAACAUGUGCGCUUGGCUCGGUUACUCACUAUGAAGCAGUCAUCGGCACGUGAAGUCAUAAUUUGGCUGUGUUGUGAUUUCAGUGAGUUGGUGCGUGGUCAGUGCUGUUUUUUUUUCUUCGGAUAAUGCCCUGCCUUUAGCAUGACGUUCUUAUACUAUAUACAAGUUCACCCCACUACCUUAUUUAUCUCAACAUGCACACAUGUCACAUUAUCACUGUGCCACUCAUCAACCCCACUACAUUUAUUUCUUUUAAUAAAACAUGCAUGCAUGAAAAUGCUACCUAUACUAGAGUCGUGCUAUAUCUCGGUUGACUCUUUGUCGAUGCUAUAUUUGUAAAAUCUUACAUCAAGAUUCAUGUAAUAUUUUUCUUAAGCUUAUUCUUUUCUUUCUUUCUUGCA